AUGGCAUGGUCUGCUAACUUUCUGAUGCUCCUUUGCAGCAAGGCCUACACGGGCCUGUUCCAUCGAGCCAUCAUCCAGAGCGGUUCGGCCCUGUCUAGCUGGGCGGUGAACUACCAGCCGGUCAAAUACACCCGUCAUCUGGCGGAGAAGGUGGGCUGUAACGUCCUGGACACGAUGGACAUGGUGGACUGCCUGCGGAAGAAAGGCUGGCGGGAGCUGGUGGAGCAGGACAUCCAGCCCGCGCGCUACCAUGUGGCGUUCGGGCCGGUGAUCGACGGCGACGUCAUCCCCGACGACCCCGAGAUCCUCAUGGAGCAGGGCGAGUUCCUCAACUACGACAUCAUGCUGGGCGUCAACCAGGGCGAGGGCCUGCGCUUCGUGGAGAACGUGGUCGACUCCGAGGACGGCGUGUCGGGCAACGACUUUGACUUCUCCGUGUCGGACUUCGUGGACAGCCUGUACGGGUACCCCGAGGGCAAGGACACCCUGCGGGAGACCAUCAAGUUCAUGUACACGGACUGGGCCGACCGGGACAACCCCGAGACGCGGCGCAAGACCCUGGUGGCGCUGUUCACCGACCACCAGUGGGUGGAGCCGUCGGUGGUGACGGCGGAUCUGCACGCCCGCUACGGCUCGCCCACCUACUUCUACGCCUUCUACCACCACUGCCAGAGCCUGAUGAAGCCGGCGUGGUCGGACGCGGCGCACGGCGACGAGGUGCCCUACGUGUUCGGGAUCCCCAUGAUCGGCCCCACCGACCUGUUCCCCUGCAACUUCUCCAAGAACGACGUCAUGCUCAGCGCCGUGGUCAUGACCUACUGGACCAACUUCGCCAAGACCGGGUGAGUAGAGGCAUUGCUUUGUGUCAGGGGGUUUCUGGUGUGAAAGAGACCCUCUUGAGGGUGCUGAUGUAGCCGAUCGCGCUUUGGAUUUACGGUAAUUGCGAUUCAAAGCCUCCUACGUUUCUGGCCCUCCCUAGCUUCGAUUGAAGCCCUUUUGAACAGAGCUUUGUGUUGUGUUUAACAUCUUGCAGAACAACACAAUAGUGUUGAGGAAAGUUGCUGCGUUUGUUUGUUAGCGAUGUUUUUCAUCAUUGUUUUCCUCUGGCCUUUCUUUGUUCUCCGUCACCUGAGACUUAUUGAAUCUGAGGAAGAUUAAACGCCCUAUUUUGUGGCUAUUUUGUCUUUGCCUCCCUGGACAUAGUAUUAGUUGAAUAUGUGCGCCUGAAAGCAAGUGUGUGUGUGUGUGUGUGUACGGGUGUGUGUGUGCGUGUGUGUGUGUGUGUUUCUGUGUGUGUUUGUGUGUGUGUUGGGGGCGGGCAUGCAUGAUUGUGCAUCAACAUUCACUAUUGGACUAUUCUAUUCGGUUCCUUCUUACACAGCCCGAUAAACAUGGAGCUUUAACAUCCAGGCCUAUUACACUGCAGCCAACAACUGUAUCGAUUCCCCGGUCUGCUCUCAGUCGAUCACCCGUCCCCUGGUGACUCUCACACCCUGCCAAGCUCUCCUCACC